GUAGAAUGUGAUAAAAAAAAAUUAUCGAAGAUACCAUACGCGCGAGCAGCUAGCUCAUCACGAGACACAUGCACUCAGUGCAGUGGACACAUGUGACAACUGCGAGUGCGAAUGCGCAUUUGUAGAGAGAAGGAAAGAUGGCGAGUGCUAUAGUGACAAGUUUGAGCUGGGUCAGGCGAGGAGUGGCUAAGGCAGUUCCUGACAAGGUAGAGCUAUCGAAGGAUGAACUCAAGUUAUUGAUUGAACAAGGCCAGAGGUCAUUGGAAGAUCUCAGUCUGAACGACGACGAUGGAGAUGGAGAUGGAGCCGCAGCCGGGAACGAAGGAGAUGGAGAAUGGGAGGAUGUUGAGGAGACUGAAGGAGUACAACAAGGAGAUGCGGUCGAUAGGUUGUACAAGAUGGACGACUAUGACGGAGAGCCUGAUAUUCCCGAUGUACACGGCUCAGGAUUUCACAACUUUGCCGUCUACGCAGAUAAUAAUGAUGAUCCUUAUAUUACACUCAAAGAAGACAGAGAGGAGAAUGAUGAGAGAGAAGACACAAAUAUCAAACCUACUGACAACAUGAUUGUUAUAGGGAAGGCAUUGGAGGACUUUACUAAUCUAGAGAUUUAUGUGUACAAUGAGGAAGAAGGUGUUUUGUACGUUCAUCAUGAUGUUCUACUGCCGUCAUUUCCUCUUGCUCUGGAAUGGUUGAACUUUGACCCCUUAGAACAACAACCAGGUAACCUAUUAGCAGUUGGUAGUAUGACACCUGUGAUUGAUGUAUGGGAUCUUGAUAUCAUGAAUGCUGUGGAGCCGGCUUUCACCCUCGGCAAGAAGAAAAAGAAGAAAUCAAAACAGAAACCUACUGCUCCAACGAUUGAUGGCCAUAUUGAUGCUGUUCUUGAUCUGUCCUGGAACCAUCACCUUGGUCAUGGUUUGGCGAGCGCAUCGGCUGAUGAAUCAAUCUUACUAUGGGAUAUGAACCAGAGCAAGGCCAUAUCAAUGCUCCAGAAACACACAGAUAAGGUUCAAACCAUCGAGUGGCAUCCAUUUGAAAUGCAGUCAUUGUUGAGUGGUGGGUUUGAUGGGAGGAUUAAUGUAUACGAUUGCCGUAGUGACGAUAGCUUUAAGACUUGGUCCGUUGAUGGCGAGAUUGAACGGGUAUUAUGGAAUCACUUUCAACCGUAUAACUUCCUGGCAAGCUCGGACAAGGGUUUUGUGUAUAACUACGACAUCCGUACCGACAAGCCCUUGUUCACGUUACAUGCUCAUGAGAAAGCAACGACAGGUAUCUCCUUGAGUUAUACCGUUCCUGAUCUUCUAGUGACUUGCUCAGCAGAUAACUCGUAUAAAGUUUGGGACACACAGGAUAACAAGCCAGCUCUGGUGGUAUCUAAAGACCCUAAAAUGGGUAUCAUAAACAACGCCCUCUUUUGUCCCGAUUCUCCAUUCCUUGUGGCCAUGGGAGGCGAGAGGGACAGUCUACGUCUCAUGGAUCUAUCCCAGCAUGCACCAGUUGUGAAGCGAUUUGGAGAGCGGCAGAAAGAUCCCGUCAUACCACACCCUUCGGAGUUGGUGCACAGAGGUCAAAGGUCACAAGGGGUCGAGAGCGAAGAAGCUGCAGCGGAGGCGGACUCCAUGGAGACAGGAUCGGAAGCAUCGUCAUCGACGACAUCGUCGGCGUCAAAGAGCGCAAAGAGGAAAAAGAAGAAGAAGAAGAAGAACAAAGAGCCAAGUGACUGAAGUUGGGCUUAUUCAUUUUAGAUGAAUCAUGAACUAUUUAAUAAAAGACACUUGCUUAAAUGACCACAGUGAAACUAUUUCAGUUGUCACCACUACAUGAGGUUUACGUGUGCUUGGCUUACAAGCAGAUGUUCUUAUCCUAACUACUGGCCGCACAGAAGCGUUAGUGCAAACAGAGUGCCAACUGUGCAGUAGGCUCCGUCACAUCUUUCGGAUUGCGAUGUCAAACGUUGAUCAAAGACGUAAAUAACACGUUGUUGUCACAUUGGGCAUCGCCGCAACAUUACCGCUGGUAACAGGGCCUCUGUUCGCGCUAACAAAUUUUCUCUGCGACCGGAACAUGGAGCUGUCCUGUUGCUACUUCGCUGUGUGGACCAGGCCGAUCUCCCCUGGGAAGUUGUUGGGCAGGUGAUGGGUCGGGUACACAGCUGAUACAAUAGCAUGCUGGUUAUCACCCGUUGGUAGCGACCAUGUGAAGUUGUUGAACGCCAUGGUUGAACGUUCUACCGCAAAUCACGUUCAAUAUUAUUCGUUAAGAUUCUGCAAUGAUUUUUAAUGAAAAUUUCUUCAAUAGCCCAUAUACUUACAAUGAAAUUAAUGCCAGUAUCAUGAUGUGAUUUUUAUGACCAUAUUUUAAAGACAAAGUUUCUUCAAUUGAUUGAACCCCCUGCCUUAAAAAUUGACUAUUCCAAACUCCAGUUGAAUCACUCUUGACAUUUCAUUGGUCGAUUUACUUGGUGAUUGUUAAUUAUUCAUGAGAACAUGUAUAUUCAUUAGUGAAUAUAUAAUUGAGCUCAGAUGUUUCGCCUGGUAUACUAUCGACAAACCAAGAGCAGUCGCCAAGGCCUGAUCAUGAGGCUACUUACUACAUAGCUUCAUAUUUUUAUACAUGAUUACAUUAAUUAUUAUGCGCAAUCUAGCAUACAAAGCAAUUGUAUGAUUAAUUACUUUAAUUAAUUCAUCUUUGUGUCACGACCCCCUGAACUGUUUUGAGCUCCAGGAUUGCAAGGUUUGCCCUCACCUAUUAAACUACCGGUAUUUCUUUGCUGUACCCAUAUAGUGUGUAACGCCAUCUUGUGUCCAUAACCUUACAUUUACCAAUUUGCUACUCUGUUCCUGUGAAAACAUAAGCUAGAUAGCUUGUUAAUUCAUUACUCAAUGGAGGAAGAAAUAAAGACUUGUUUGCCCUCUUCUUGUUGAAUUGCUCACCAAAAUGCCCUGCCCCAUCUAAUAACAUGGGUCUGGUCACUGAUACGGAUGCUUUCUCUGCAUACUCACGCUUGAACCAAAUUUUGAGGUUGGGGAGGGGGGGGGGGGGGGUUCCACAAAGUGUUCAGUCUGAAUAAUUGUGAUUUUUGUGACUUGUAUCUUUGUGAAAAACUUUCUUGGUAUGUAGCCUCUCACUCCGCCCCUAUACUCUCUCAAUAGGGAUUUUUGUUAAAUAUAUUUAUUAUACAUAAAUGUAAUCAUAAAAUACUUUCCUACCCCUUUACCCAUUCAAGUACUUUCAUAUACUGCAAAAAUAUAUAUAUCUUUUAUGGCUAUUACCCUGAAAACUGACAUUCGAGUGGUGGAAAUGUACUACAUCAAAUAAACAUGAUUUUAUUUACAUGCAA